AGGGACGGGAGCCGAGAGGGCACUCGGAGGCGAGGUACUGGGCGGUGAGAGCCGCUGGGGGGGUCGAAGUCAUGAUACCCCCGCAGGAGGCGUCCGCCCGGCGGCGGGAGAUCGAGGACAAGCUGAAGCAGGAGGAGGAGACGCUGUCCUUCAUCCGAGACAGCCUGGAGAAGAGCGACCAGCUCACCAAGAACAUGGUGUCUAUCCUGUCAUCCUUUGAGAGUCGCCUUAUGAAGCUGGAGAACUCCAUCAUCCCUGUGCACAAGCAGACGGAGAACCUGCAGCGGCUGCAGGAGAAUGUUGAGAAGACUCUGUCCUGUCUGGACCACGUUAUCAGCUACUACCAUGUGGCCAGUGACACUGAGAAGAUCAUCAGGGAGGGCCCCACAGGUAGGCUGGAAGAGUACCUGGGAAGCAUGGCCAAGAUUCAGAAGGCUGUGGAGUAUUUCCAGGACAACAGCCCAGACAGCCCAGAGCUCAACAAAGUGAAGCUGCUGUUUGAGCGGGGGAAGGAGUCGCUGGAGUCCGAGUUCCGCAGCCUGAUGACCCGGCAUAGCAAGGUCGUGUCCCCUGUGCUCAUCCUGGAUCUGAUCAGCGGUGAGGACGACCUGGAGGUACAGGAGGAGGUGCCCCUAGAGCAUCUGCCUGAGAGUGUGCUGCAGGACGUGAUCCGCAUCUCCCGCUGGCUGGUGGAAUAUGGCCGCAACCAAGACUUCAUGAACGUCUACUACCAGAUCCGCUCCAGCCAGCUGGACCGCUCCAUCAAAGGCCUGAAGGAGCAUUUCCGGAAGAGCAGUUCUUCGUCUGGGGUCCCCUACUCCCCUGCUGUCCCCAACAAGAGGAAGGACACACCUACCAAGAAGCCGGUCAAGCGGCCAGGGACGAUCCGUAAGGCUCAGAACCUUCUGAAACAGUAUUCCCAGCAUGGUCUAGAUGGGAAAAAGGGGGGCUCUAACCUCAUUCCUCUGGAAGGUCACGAGCAUGAUUUCCGAGUUAAGCACCUGUCCGAGGCCCUGAACGACAAGCACGGGCCACUGGCCGGGAGAGAUGACAUGCUGGACGUGGAGACCGACGCCUACAUUCACUGCGUCAGUGCCUUUGUCAAGCUGGCCCAGAGCGAGUACCAGCUGCUGACGGACGUCAUCCCUGAGCACCAUCAGAAAAAGACCUUUGACUCUUUGAUACAGGUCCUGCCCCUGGGCCCUGACCAGAUGCCCCAGCAUGAGCUGUCACUGCAGAAGCUUGAGUUCGGUCCGGGCAUGCGGUCCACAGCCCUCAACUCCAGCCACCACCUCCACCUCCCAUCCUGGGGAUCUGUCCUGGGUGGCGUGUCCCGGUCGGGACCUCCCCAUUGGGGGCAUACUUCCCCCACGCCCCUCCAGGUGCCCUCACCGUCCCUGGGAACCGGCUGUCUGCCCCCUCCCCUGAGCCCUCUCCCUGCCCCGCUCUCUCAGGAUGCCCUGGACGGGCUGAUGCUUGAAGGGGAGAACAUCGUGGCUGCUGCCCGGAAGGCCAUCAUCCGACACGACUUCUCGGCUGUGCUCACCGUCUUCCCCAUCCUGCGGCACCUCAAGCAGACCAAGCCUGAGUUUGACCAGGUGCUCCAGGGGACGGCGGCCAGCACCAAGAACAAGCUGCCCAGCCUCAUCACCUCCAUGGAGACCGUUGGAGCCAAAGCUCUGGAGGACUUCGCUGACAACAUCAAGAACGACCCGGACAAGGAGUACAACAUGCCCAAGGACGGCACCGUGCACGAGCUCACGAGCAACGCCAUCCUCUUCCUGCAGCAGCUCCUGGACUUCCAGGAGACAGCAGGCGCCAUGCUGGCCUCCCAAGAGACCAGUUCCUCAGCCACCAGCUACAGCUCCGAGUUCAGCAAGCGCCUCCUGAGCACCUACAUCUGUAAAGUCCUGGGCAACCUGCAGCUGAACUUGCUGAGCAAGUCCAAGGUGUAUGAGGACCCGGCUCUGAGCGCCAUCUUCCUGCACAACAACUACAACUACAUCCUCAAGGCCCUGGAGAAGUCUGAGCUGAUCCAGCUGGUGGCCGUGACCCAGAAGACUGCCGAGCGCUCCUACCGUGAGCACAUCGAGCAGCAGAUCCAGACUUACCAGCGCAGUUGGUUAAAGGUGACUGACUACAUCGCUGAGAAGAACCUGCCUGUGUUCCAACCCGGAGUCAAGCUUCGGGACAAGGAGCGGCAGGUGAUCAAGGAACGUUUUAAGGGCUUCAACGAUGGCCUGGAAGAAUUGUGCAAGAUACAGAAGGCCUGGGCUAUUCCCGACACGGAGCAGAGGGACAAGAUCCGCCAAGCCCAGAAAAACAUUGUUAAGGAGACCUACGGGGCCUUUCUGCACAGGUAUGGCAGCGUGCCCUUCACCAAGAAUCCUGAGAAGUACAUCAAGUACCGCGUGGAGCAGGUGGGCGACAUGAUCGAUCGCCUGUUUGACACCUCCGCCUGAGCCGCCACUGCCCCUGCCUGGCUCUGCCGACCAGCCAUGUUAUCGGACAGAUAAACCGGUGUUAACUUGCC